UGCGGCCUGGGAGGAAGUCACGUCACCGCGGAGUGGACCGGCCGAGCAGAGGCGCCGCUCCGAAGCGUUUCGUCAACAUGGCUCACCUGCCGAUGAAGCUCCUGCGCAGGAAGAUCGAGAAGCGGAACCUCAAACUGCGGCAGAGAAACCUGAAGCUACAGGGGACCUUGGAUGUGAACCUGUCAGAAACUCAAGAUGAGGAUGUAUCUGAAGAAACAGUAGGAAAAAUUAAAAAGUCCCUAAAACAAUCUAUGAAUGGAGGCUUGUCAGAAUCCCAAAAUGGAGAUAUAUCUAAAGGAACAGUGGGAGAUGGAAAAGUUAAAAAAUCCCUGAAGCGGUCUGUAAAUAAGGGCGUGUCAGAAGCCCAAAAUGCAGAUGUAGCUAAAGAAAAAGUGGAAAAUGUAAAAGUUAAAAAAUCCCCCAAGAAAUCGGCCAUAUUAACGAAUGGGGAAGCAGCAAUGCAGUCUCCCAGUUCAGAAUCAAAGAAGAAGAAGAAGAAAAAGAAAAAGAGAAAAAUGGUAGAUGAUGCUGGGCCUGAUACCAAAAAAGCAAAGACCGAAGACAAAGUAGAACCUGAAGAAAGUACCCAGGCCCUUGAAGAAACAGAAGACAGUGUGGAGAGGCCAGGCGAUGAAGAAGAGGACGGCGAAGUGCCCAGCCUACCCCUGGGACUGACAGGAGCUUUUGAGGACACUUCAUUUACUUCCCUAUCUAAUCUUGUCAACGAGAACACUCUGAAGGCAAUAAAAGAAAUGGGCUUUACGCACAUGACUGAAAUCCAACAUAAAAGUAUCAGGCCACUUCUGGAAGGCAGGGAUCUUCUAGCAGCUGCAAAAACAGGCAGUGGCAAAACCCUGGCCUUUCUCAUCCCUGCAGUAGAACUGAUUGUUAAGUUAAAGUUUAUGCCCAGGAAUGGAACAGGAGUUCUUAUUCUCUCCCCUACUAGGGAACUGGCCAUGCAGACUUUCGGCGUUCUGAAAGAGCUGAUGACCCACCACGUUCACACAUACGGGCUAAUCAUGGGUGGCAGCAACAGAGCUGCUGAAGCACAGAAGCUGGCUAACGGGAUCAACAUCAUUGUGGCUACCCCAGGCCGUCUCCUGGACCACAUGCAGAAUACUCCAGGAUUUAUGUAUAAAAACCUACAGUGUCUGGUGAUUGAUGAGGCAGAUCGUAUCUUGGAUGUUGGUUUUGAAGAGGAAUUAAAGCAAAUUAUUAAACUUCUGCCAACACGCAGACAGACCAUGCUCUUCUCUGCCACACAAACUCGGAAAGUUGAAGACCUGGCGAGGAUUUCUCUGAAAAAGGAGCCAUUGUAUGUCGGUGUUGAUGAUGAUAAAGACAAUGCAACAGUGGAUGGUCUCGAGCAGGGAUAUGUUGUUUGUCCGUCCGAAAAGAGAUUCCUCCUGCUCUUUACGUUCCUUAAGAAGAACCGGAAGAAGAAACUAAUGGUCUUCUUCUCAUCUUGUAUGUCUGUGAAGUACCACUAUGAGCUGCUGAACUACAUCGAUUUGCCUGUCUUGGCCAUUCAUGGAAGACAGAAGCAAAAUAAGCGUACAACCACGUUCUUCCAGUUCUGCAAUGCGGACACGGGGAUACUGUUGUGCACAGACGUGGCCGCUAGAGGGCUGGACAUUCCUGAAGUCGACUGGAUUGUUCAGUAUGACCCUCCAGAUGACCCCAAGGAGUACAUCCAUCGCGUGGGAAGGACGGCCAGAGGCCUGAAUGGGAGGGGUCACGCCUUGCUCAUCCUGCGCCCUGAAGAGUUGGGUUUCCUUCGCUACUUGAAGCAAUCCAAGGUUCCGUUAAGUGAAUUUGAGUUUUCCUGGUCCAAAAUUUCUGACAUUCAGUCUCAGCUUGAAAAAUUGAUUGAAAAGAACUACUUCCUUCAUAAGUCAGCCCAGGAAGCAUAUAAGUCAUAUAUUCGAGCAUAUGAUUCCCAUUCUCUGAAACAGAUCUUUAAUGUUAAUAACUUGAAUUUGCCUCAAGUUGCUCUGUCAUUUGGUUUCAAGGUGCCUCCUUUUGUUGAUCUGAACGUGAACAGCAAUGAAGGCAAGCUGAAAAAGAGAGGAGGAGGAGGUGGAUUCGGCUACCAGAAGCCCAAGAAAGUCGAGAAGUCCAAAAUCUUCAAGCACAUUAGCAAGAAGUCUUCGGACAGCAGGCAGUUCUCGCACUGACAGCUGUCCGUCGUCCAGGGCUGAGUGCUGAGAGGAUUGGCUCUCCGAGCUCUGACAACGGAAUUGUUGGCUGUAGGGUCGGGACUGGCCGAGCAAGUGUAAAUGGACGUGGGUUGCAAGUGCUGAGCACUGAUACUUCCUUCAAGUCUCAUUUGUUUCAGGUUGAAAACGAGAUCAAUUUUUCUUCUUUCCCAAGGACAAAGCAAAGGGAUCUUUUGGUCUCUGUUGUGAUUAUAGAAUAUUUUAAGGUUAAGUUUUUUUUUUCCUCUCUCAUUUUGUCAUUUUUGUACCUUUUCUUCUGGUGUCUGAAGAUUUUUGCGGCAUGGAUUGCUAUAGCAGCCUGCUGAAAAGGACAGGUGGCCCAGGACACUGGACAGAGGUGGCGUGGUGGUGACUGCUGGAUGCUGUCUCAGUUUAUUUUUGUUCUUUUUUGUUGUUUUUUGGACCUUAAUGGUAGUUCUUGACGCCUCCUGAAAAUGCCGCCAUGUAAAGGGCAGGGGGCUUUUGGAAAUACGUGAGCAGCACCUUCACCUAAAGGCAGCAUUGAUUUUUUCACAUGUGCCAGAUUUUAAAACAGCCUUUUUCCCUUUUAUUGUUUUAAGAGCAAGAAAUAAGAGUUGUGAUUUGAGUAAAUGCCCCUAGCAGUUGUGCCUGGGGAAGAGAGGGAAGAUUUCUGAGCCUCAUUUACACCAAGGCAGGUGUAACAGUCUGCUGUCCUCUGUGUGGUGACCAAAGACCUAAAAAAAAAUGGGUGUGUAGCGUGGUGGUGACAUGCCUCCUGCAAACUUGCUUAGGUGGUUUGGGUUUUAGUGAGCCCUUCCAAGUCUGCAAUGCUUAGGCAGAGCGUCCUUGUGAGAAAAAUGCUGCCUCUUCCAGAUCCGUGAAACAUGUCGUGGGAGCUCGUGAUCUGUUUUGUUUUAUUUCCAGGGUGUUUCAUAACUACAAAUGGUUAGGACAUGUAGCAGUUUGAAACCAAAGUUGCUGGCGUUGUUUUGCUGUUGUGCCCGUUAAUGUUUGUAGACUUUGUUAAAUACGAGUACACUGAGAACAUGAGGUGGGGAGAAAACAGUCUGUCGCGGAGACUCCCAGGAGAGGAAGGAGUGACGUUCUGCAGCCAGCUCACUCGGUCGCUGGAGCGCCCCUGUCUGGGUCAGACCUGGAUUGUCAAGUCCUGGAUUUAACAACUUGAUCUUGUAACCGGUUUUUCUUUGUUUCAGAAAUAAUCACGUUUCAAAAAAUAUACAAAAGCAAAGGGAUGAAUAUUUAAUCACUGAACAGAAGUAAAGACUGUGCCUAUUUUGGUAUAUAACCUUCCAGUGUUUUAUAUACCCAUUUUUAAUUUUUUUAUCAAAAGUGAGAUCCUCUGCCCACUCUUUGUGACCAGCUUAUUUCAUACCGUUAUUUUCUCGUGUCAUUAAAUAAUCACAUCAGUUUUGUGUUAAUAUCCUUUGUUAGCCUUGCUCGGUCUGCCUGGAUUUGGGUUCUGGACACCUGCUUGUCCCAGACCGCUCUCUGUCUCAGCACGUCUGAGAGCAGGUAGAACGAUGGUUUCUGCUACAAUAGGACUUGUUUCAGGUGCUUCCUGAGAGCCUGUGUGGGAUUCUCCG